CAUCUCAGUCCAUCUCCUCUCCAGGGUAGGCAGACCUCCUGAGCACUCUUCACACUAUCAACUGCAACAAUGAUGACCGGGCGUUUUGGAGGUGGAAGCAUUAGUGGAGGUGGAAGUCUUAGUGGAGGUGGAACCGUACGGAAGUCAUAUUCCCAUAGUGUGUUUGGCGGUGCAGGUGGCCAUGGAGCUAGAAUCUCCACAAGCAGUUAUGGAAGUGGUGGACGUAUUGGAGGCAGUAGUUUCAGUUAUGGCAUGGGAGGUGGUGCAGGGUUUGGUGGAGGUGAUGGCAUGGACCUGCAGGUCUCGGCCAACGAGAAGGCCACCAUGCAGAACCUGAACGACCGUCUGGCCAACUACCUGGAGAAGGUGCGAAGCCUUGAGAAGGCCAACGCUGAGCUGGAGCUGAAGAUCCGCCAGUUCUUGGAGAGCAAAACCGCCCCCAAUGCCCGUGACUAUUCUGCUUUUGAGGCCACCAUUGCUGACCUGCAGGGAAAGAUCCAAUUGGCCACCAGUGUCAAUGGAGGGAUCUAUCUGGCUAUUGACAAUGCAAAACUGGCAGCAGACGACUUCAGAACCAAGUAUGAGAAUGAGCUUGCCAUGCGUCAAUCAGUGGAGGCAGAUAUCGCCGGUCUGAAGAGACUGUUGGAUGAGCUGACACUGGCCAGAUCAGACCUGGAGAUGCAGAUCGAAGGCCUCAGGGAGGAGCUGAUCUUCCUCAAGAAGAACCACGAGGAGGAAUUGGCCGCCAUGCGCAACCAGAUGACUGGACAGAUCAACGUGGAGGUGGACGCAAAAAAUCAGACAGACCUGAGCGCCAUAAUGGCUGAGAUCCGUGAGCAGUAUGAAGGUGUGGCUGCUAAGAACCAGAGAGAACUUGAAGCCUGGUUCCAGACACAGUCAGAGUCGCUGAGCAAGGAGGUGGCAGUCAAGACAGAAGUUCUCCAAACGACCAAGACAGAAAUCUCUGACCUCCGUCGCACAAUGCAGAACCUGGAGAUCGAGCUGCAGUCUCAACUUAGCAUGAAAGCGGCACUGGAAGGAACGUUGUCAGACACAGAGUGUCGUUACUCCAUGCAGCUCCAAAGCCUCCAGAUACAGGUGACGAGCCUGGAAGAACAGCUGAUGCAGCUGCGUGCCGACAUGGAGCGCCAGAACCAAGAGUACAACAUCCUGCUCGACAUCAAGACACGGCUGGAGAUGGAAAUUGCAGAAUACAAGAGGCUGAUGGAUGGAGAGAGCAGUUUCAGUGGUUCCUCAACAACCUCCACCAAAACAAAGGUUGUAGUGGUCACAGAGGAAAUUAAGGACGGCAAGUUGGUGUCCUCCUCUGUCACCACCACAUAAUCUGUCCCACAAAGCAAACACAACACAGAGGGACACAACCGAGAACACAAGCUCAACUUCAGCACCAAAACCUUCCUUCACAUGCACUUGUGAAUGCAAUAAAAGUCUCUCUGUUUGCUGACUACUA